UCCGUUCUUAUCGACAAGAGAAAAGGAAAGAUCGAACUGAUCGCGGAAACGCGCGAACUGCCCAUUUCAUCACUUUUAUUCUCCAUCUCUCGUCCCUCUCGCGCUUUUAUCCAAUUCCGCAAGCCAACGAAAUAGAAGAGAAUCUAACUCCACUUUUUUAUGGCUUCAACUUGUUUCCUAGAUUGGCGAUAGUUUCUGUUCGUGCCAAAUCUCACUUCUGUACUGGAAAUUUUCUGGCGGCAGCAAUUCAUUGAACCGGCUGGAAGAGAAUGGGUGCCGGUGCGUCCAAGAAUUUGGAUGGUGGGUCUCAUGGGAGUGAAGAGCGAGAGGAAAACCUAGACCAAGCGGGUGGGCAGCUCUAUAUUUCCUUGAAGAUGGAGAAUUUUAAACUCAAAGGCGAGCUCGUUCCUCAUAUUUAUGGCUCUGCUCCGCUUGUUGGUUCGUGGGAUUCAUCUAAAGCUCUCUCCUUAGAACGUGAAUCAGCAUCAAUGUGGGAAUUGAGCUUUGUUGUUCCUCCUAAUCAUGAAUCACUGGAUUUCAAGUUCCUGUUGAAGCCAAAGUAUAGCAAUUCACCUUGUAUAGUGGAGGAGGGUCCCAACCGUCUAUUCUUAGGAGGAAUGUUGCAAGGGGAUACCAGGAUGGCCCUUUUCAGGCUGGGUCCUGAUGAAGUUUUGGAGUACAGAGUGUUCAUUAAAGCAGACAGGGUUUCACCAUUUGAUCUUGCUGCAAGUUGGAGGGCUUAUCAGGACAAUCUUCGUCCUUCAGCUGCUCGUGGAAUUCCUGAUGUGAGCAUAAACUCAUUGUCAGAGACUGGUCCUGAGAAUAGUUCAUCUGCUAGCUUGGAGCUUGAUCUUGAACACUAUGUGGUCCCAGCUCCUUCAUCAAACUCAGGCCAUGUCUAUGCAGCUAACUUGACAGAGACUCCUAGAUCAUUAACUGGUUUUGGGGUUCAUUCCAAUGCCGAUAAGGUAGGGAAUACAUCAUCAUCUAAGGAGAGCAGUAUUCUUGGGGAUCAACCAGCAACUGUAAAGGAUAUGACAAUCAUUGUUCCUGAUCCAUCCAAGAUGUAUAUGGGUUCUGGAAUGGUUGAAUCAAAGUCGGUAGGGACGUUUUCUCAUUUGCCAAAGCAAGACAGUCAUAGGGGGCUUUUUGUGGAUCGAGGUGUUGGAUCCCCUAGGCUUGUUAAAUCACCUAGUACUAGCGCUUUCUUUGCAGAUUUGAAAUUGGAUACAGAGUCUAAGAAUUCAAUGCCAGCAGCGGCUGGAGCUGUUGCUGCUGCAGCUAUCGCUGAUCAAAUGCUUGGACCAAAGGAGGAUAGACAUUUGGCGAUUGUUUUGGUUGGUUUGCCAGCUCGAGGCAAGACUUUUACAGCUGCUAAGCUUACGAGAUAUCUUCGUUGGUUAGGUCAUGAGACAAAGCAUUUCAACGUUGGCAAGUACCGACGCCUUAAACAUGGGACUAAUCAGUCUGCUGACUUUUUCCGAGCUGACAAUCCAGAAGGCAUGGAGGCACGUAAUGAGGUAGCUGCUCUAGCUAUGGAGGAUAUGAUAUCUUGGAUGCAGGAAGGUGGCCAGGUUGGAAUAUUUGAUGCCACAAACAGUACUAGGAAACGGAGAAACAUGCUGAUGAAAUUGGCUGAAGGAAAAUGUCGGAUCAUUUUUCUAGAAACUCUAUGCAAUGAUCAGCGCAUCAUUGAAAGGAAUAUACGUCUUAAAAUACAACAAAGUCCUGAUUAUGCAGAUGAGCCGGAUUUUGAGGCUGGAUAUCGCGACUUCAAAGCUCGACUGGACAACUAUGAAAAAGUUUAUGAACCUGUUGAAGAGGGAUCUUAUAUUAAAAUGAUUGACAUGGUUAGUGGCCAUGGAGGACAGAUACAAGUCAACAACAUCAGUGGGUAUCUCCCCGGACGAAUUGUCUUUUUCUUGGUGAAUACCCAUCUCACUCCGCGACCAAUAUUGCUCACUAGGCAUGGUGAGAGUAUGGAUAAUGUUAGAGGUAGGAUCGGAGGCGACACUGAAUUAAGUGAGGCUGGAAAAGUUUAUUCAAAGAAGCUUGCUAACUUUGUUGAAAAACGACUGAAGUCUGAACGGGCUGCCUCUAUUUGGACCAGCACACUCCAGCGAACAAUUUUGACAGCGAGUCCUAUUGGAGGAUUCCCCAAGAUUCAAUGGCGUGCACUUGAUGAGAUAUAUGCUGGAGUAUGUGAUGGAAUGACUUAUGAAGAGAUAAAGAAAAACAUGCCCGAGGAAUAUGAAGCACGUAAGAAGGAUAAAUUGAGAUACAGAUAUCCUCGUGGAGAAUCUUAUUUGGAUGUUAUCCAAAGGCUUGAACCAGUAAUUAUUGAGCUUGAAAGACAACGGGCACCUGUUGUCGUUAUUUCUCAUCAGGCGGUAUUGAGAGCGUUGUAUGCUUAUUUUGCUGAUAGGCCCCUGAAAGAAAUUCCACACAUUGAGGUCCCGCUUCAUACAAUAAUUGAGAUACAAAUGGGAGUCACGGGUGUGCAAGAAAAAAGAUACAAACUUAUGGAUUAACAUAUCCCUGGAUGUUAUUCUAUAAUUCUCAUGUUCUUUGAGAAAAUCCUAUGCAUUCUUUUAAUUUUCAUUCAUUACCAAGAUGUUAGUGUCAUAAAUUGUGCCUCACUUGUCAUUGACCUCCAAUGCUAAUGUGAUGAGAACUCAUGUUCAUUUUUGUAACAGUGAUGUGUAUGAAUGUAACUCGUACUCAGGCAGGGUGGGAUUGAUGAACAAAAUUCCCUUCUAUUCAAACAGGACUUGGAGGAGUUCUGUUCCAUCUAUAUUUUGUUCAAUUAUUAAAAUCAAGGAAGUUUUAGAUGGUAAAAA